AUGUACCCGAACUUGCUAGGGUCGCCGUUUUACCACCACCAUCACCACCACCACCACCAUCACCACCACCACCAGAGCAUGUUGAAGAGCUCGCCGUUCCUGAUGGACAACCUGCUGUCGAGCAAGGGUGACGGCAAGUGCGCCGCCUACGGCCAGCUGCAGCCGCCCCCGCACGCGCCGCCGCCGCCAGGGGCGAGCACCGCCCCCGCUGAAGGCACGCUCACCGUGGGCAUCACGGCGUCCUACUCGAUUGUGGCGGAGGCGCGCCGCGGCGCCGCGCCCGCGGCCCCGGGUUCGUGCCCCGGCGGUGACCCCCACCAGCCGCACGGCCGCUACCCGUCGGUCGCCCGGGACGCCGCCUGCUGCCCUCCGGAGCUGGACGACGCGCGCCUUGAGACGCCGCCCCCGCCACCCCCGACGUCCGUGUCCGCCCCCAGCCUCAUCUCAACCUCCGACACCACGCCGUCGCCCAAGCCGAUCCUCAAGUUCAGCGUCAGCGCCAUACUGGGAGACGCCAAACCGCCGCCGUGCACAGAGUCGUCGCUGCAGGCGGGCCCGCCGCUGUUCGGCUACGGGCUGUCGGGCUCGCACGGCAUCGCCAAGCCGAUCGCGAGGCCCGCCACCGCCGCAGCCGCCGCCUCGGGCAGCCCCAGAGCUCCCUCGUUACCCAGUGCCCCGUUUGACUGGUGUGUGGACGGCCGCAGCAGCAGUGCACGUGUGUCCGUGUGUGCCGCAGUGUCGACGGCCGGCGGGGCGGGCGCGGGCGGCGGCGGCGGCGCGCCCACCGCGGUCUUCCCGCUGCCCGGCUCCUUCCCCUGGGCCAACAGCUCCAGGGGCAAGCCGCGCCGCGGCAUGAUGCGGCGCGCCGUCUUCUCCGACCUGCAGCGCAAGGGCCUCGAGAAGCGCUUCCAGAUCCAGAAGUACAUCUCCAAGCCCGACCGCAAGAAGCUCGCCGAGAAGCUCGGCCUCAAGGACUCGCAGGUAACAAAGGCCUGUAAUUUUUGA